AUGUUAAAGAAUAUAAUUACAUCUCAUACAAGUAAAUUAACAGUAUUAAACUAUUGUAAACGAUUUAGUAUUAAUAGUUAUACAACAACAUCGACGACAUCAACAACACUAUCAACCAAUGUAAAUGAUGAUCCAAUCUUUUAUUUUAGACAUCCUCGUUUAAAUAAAGAGAUAUUUAUUAUUGGGACUAGUCAUGUAUCAAAGAGAAGUGCAUAUCAAGUAAAGAACUUUAUCGCUGAUACACAACCAUCGACCGUUGUACUAGAACUAUGUCAAUCACGUUACGAUAAACUCAAAGCAGAACAAAACGUCAAAAACAUACAACCAUACCAACAACAGCAACAACAAUCGAUGGGUACAUUACUGCAACAGAUACUAAAGAUGUUGUCGUCGGGUCGAAUGGACCCAGGUCAAUUGUUUCAAAUGGUGUUAUCAAACUUUUACAAUCAAUUUAGGUUGAUGGGAAUCAUACCCGGUUUGGAAUUCAAGUUUGCCAUCAAUGAAGCUGAUCGUAUAGGUGCCAACAUUGUACUAGGUGAUUCACCAGUCAACCAAACAAUGUCAUAUAUGGCAUCGGCACUACUAGAAGAAUUAUUACCUGUAUUGACCAAUGCUAUACCAGGUUUCAAUUUCAAUUCAAUGAUGAAUAAUAUGGGUGGAAUGUUUGGAGGUAAUAAAUUACCACCAAAUAUGAUGAAUAACAACAAUAGUAGUAGUAGUAAAGCAAGUAUGGAAGAUUUAAAGAAAUUAAGUGAAAUGUUAAUGCCAUUGGCAACAGUCCUAUCCAAACCAACCAUAUCAGAAGAGGAAUUGGAAUAUGAAUUCAAAAAAGUAAUGACUAAUUCAAAUCUACGUCAAACUCGUCAUAUCCUAAAUACCUCUUUCCCCAAACUUUCAAAUGCUCUAUUUCAUUCAAGAGAAGAAAGUAUUACAAAGUAUGCAUAA